AUGAUACUUAAGUUUAUUUAUAUUAUUGUAUUCUUUACUUUCUUUAAUCAAAACGUUAAAUGUGCCCAAGCGGAUCUAAAUAAAAGUAUAUCAUCCAGAGACAAAGAAGAAGUGUAUUUACCUUAUGGCCCCAGAGUUAUGUGUUCUUUUCUGCCUAUUGAUUUCUUAGACUGUGAUUCUCCUGUCGAUCAUAAAGGAAACAAAACUGCUAAAGAAGAAGCAGGUUAUGGAUGUGUGAAAUUUGGUAAUUAUCGUUAUGAAGAUGUUGAAAGAGCUAAAGUGCAAUGUGUUGUGUUGCCUCAUAUUGAGUGCUUUGGUGCAAGAACCUUUUAUCGAGAUGGUUUUCCCUGUAUCAAAUAUGGUGGUUACUACUUCGUUACAACAUUAAUGUACUCCAUAUUGCUUGGCUUUCUUGGGAUGGACAGGUUUUGCUUGGGCCAAACCGGAACAGCCGUCGGUAAACUCCUAACUCUAGGCGGUGUCGGAAUUUGGUGGAUCGUGGAUAUAAUUCUCUUAGUCACCAAUGGCUUAUUACCCGAAGAUGGCAGUAAUUGGAAUGCCUAUGCUUGA